AUGCAUAAACUCUUCCCUCGCAGCGGCUUCUUCGACUUCGAGACGAUCCGCAUCCUGGGCACGACGUGCUACGGCGGCGCCGACGUGGCCGAGGUGCUCGAGGCCGUGGGGCAGAUCCGCUCGGAUGACCCUUCGUCCUGGGAGGAGGCGUGGCGCAGGCAGUCGUGGAGGGCCGAGGCGCUCGCCGACGACGCGCGCGACCGCGGCGACCGCGACGCGGCGCUGAGGGGCUACCUGCGGGCCUCCAACUACGCCCGCGCCAGCGGCUACAUGUACGUGUCGGGCCUGGGCGUCGAGGGCGGCCGCGACCUGGUCCGGCAGGACCCGCGCGCGCUGCCCGUGGCCGACAAGGUGUGCAGGCUGUUCCGCCAGGCCCUGCCGCUGAUGGAGGGCGAGGUGCGCGUCCUGUCCAUCCCGUACGGCGAGCACGUCCUGCCCGCUUACCUGUACCUGCCCCCGCCGAGCCGACGCAUCCCGGGCCGCGCCAAGAUCCCGGUCCUCGUCAACACGGGCGGCGCCGACUCGUGCCAGGAGGAGCUGUACUACCUCAACCCGGCGGCGGGGCCGGGGCUGGGCUACGCCGUGCUCACCUUCGACGGCCCGGGCCAGGGCAUCGUCGUGAGGAAGCACGGGUUGCAGAUGCGCCCGGACUGGGAGGCCGUCACCGGCUGUGUUAUUGAUCACCUCGAGGCCUACAGUGCCCAGCACCCCGGCUUGGACCUCGACCUGAACUCCAUCGCCGUCUCUGGCGCUUCCAUGGGAGGGUACUACGCCCUGCGAGCCGCUUCUGACCGUAGGGUGAAGGCUUGCGUUUCCAUUGACCCUUUCUACGAUAUGUGGGACUUUGGCACCGCCCACGUCUCCCCGCUCUUCAUCUCGGCCUGGACGUCGGGCAUCCUCAGCUCCGGCUUUGUCGACAAGCUGAUGGCUCUGGUUUCCCGGCUGUCGUUUCAAAUGAAAUGGGAAAUAUCCGUGACCGGGACCAUGUUUGGUCUCUCAUCCCCGUCCCAGAUACUGCUAAACAUGAAAAAGUACACCCUGAGCGGCGACGGCGACGGCGACGGCGACACCGCCAAUGCCAAUGGCAAGAACAACCAAUCCCUCCGCCUCUCGGCCGACCGCACAAGUGACAGCCGCAGCGAACAAGACGGAUUCUUGGCCAAGGUGCGAUGUCCCGUCUUCCUCUCGGGUGCCGGCAAGUCACUCUACCUAGACGCCGACAGCCACACGCGGCGUUGCUACGACGGCCUCACGGCCGUGGCCCCAAAGGACAAGGAGAUCUGGGUGCCCGAGAGCGAGGGGCAGGGCAGCCUGCAGGCUAAAAUGGGUGCCUUGGCCCUGUGCAACCAAAAGACCUAUCAGUUCCUGGACAGGGUCCUGGGCGUGAAGAGGGCGCCGUUGGACGUAUCGAUUCACACCUAG